AUGGGACGACCAGAUCUGCACACAAUAUUCAAGAUGCAUUUCUUAUUCAGAACAGGAACAAGGACAACACCACUGUUCAGUACUGCAACACAGGGUUACACGAUGGAAUCUGGCUCUGUUUCUCCCCCUCCUACUCAGCCAGUACCUAGAAAUACACUAUCAAGAAGUGCUUUUAAAUUCAAGAAGUCUUCAGAGUGUUGCAGCUGGAAAGGUACUGCCCUCUGUGCUAUAAAAGUCUCCGUGCUACUGGCAAUACUGUUAUGCUACUGUAUAGUAAAAUUAGGGGGAUUUGCACAAGAAAACAACACUAUAGAUUCUGGAGAACUUGAUAUAGGCCAAAGAGCAAUACAAGAGGUUCCUCCGGGGAUCUUCUGGAGAUCACAGCUCUUCAUUGAUCAGCCACAGUUUCUAAGAUUCAAUAUCUCCCUUCAGAAAGAUGCAUUGAUUGGUGUAUAUGGCCAAAAGGGCUUACCCCCAUCACAUACCCAGUAUGACUUUGUGGAACUCCUUGAUGGUAGCAGGUUGAUCGCAAGACAACAGCACAACCUGCUUGAGUCAGAGAGAGCAGGCCAACAGACAAGGUCUAUCAGUCUCCAUGAGGCAGGUUUUAUCCAGUAUUUGGAUUCUGGAAUCUGGCAUCUGGCUUUUUAUAAUGAUGGGAAAAAUGCAGAGCAGGUGUCUUUUAAUACCAUUGCUAUAGCAGCCUGCCCAGUAUUGUGUUGUGGCAACGGGCAGUAUUCCAAAGGGCGCUGUCUCUGUUUCAGCGGUUGGAAGGGUACAGAGUGUGAUGUGCCUGCCACCCAGUGUAUUGAUCUUCAGUGUGGGGGCCGUGGGAUCUGUAUCAUGGGUUCUUGUGCCUGCAACUCUGGGUACAAAGGAGAAAACUGUGAAGAAGCUGAUUGCUUAGACCCAGCCUGUUCCAGUCAUGGUGUGUGUAUCCAUGGAGAGUGCCGCUGUAAUCCAGGAUGGUGUGGUAGUAACUGUGAAAUACUGAAGACAAUGUGUCCAGACCAGUGCUCUGGUCAUGGGACAUACCUUCAAGAAAGUGGUACCUGCACUUGUGACCCUAACUGGACAGGUGUAGAUUGCUCAAAUGAAAUCUGUUCUGUGGACUGUGGCUCUCAUGGUGUUUGCGUGGGUGGAACGUGUCAUUGCGAAAAAGGUUGGACUGGACCAGCCUGCAAUCGAAGAGCCUACCACCCUCGCUGUGCUGAACAUGGAACCUGUAAAGAUGGGAGGUGUGAAUGUAGCCAGGGGCGGAAUGCCAAGCGCUCUGGUGUCUUGGCUAAACCAGUUGUUGAGCCACAUGUAACGGCAGUUUGGGGGAAGAAUGUCACCCUGAAAUGCAUAAUUGAAAUAAGUGGAACAAUAACACAAAUCUCAUGGGAAAAGAUACAUGGUAAAAGUAAACAGACUAUUGCUGUUCAUCAUCCUAAAUAUGGGUUUGCUGCUCAUGGAGAAUACCAAGGAAGAGUGUCACUUAAGAGCAACUCACUUACUGAUGCAACCAUCACCCUACACAAUAUAAGCUUCUCUGAUUCAGGAGAAUAUGUAUGCAAAGCAGUUACAUUCCCACUAGGAAAUGCUGAGUCAUCAACGACUGUAACUGUAUUGGUUGAACCCAUUGUGAGCCUAACAAAGGGACCAAACUCUUUAAUAGAUGGUGAAAAUAAAAAAAUAGCAGCCAUUUGUACAGCAGCCACUGGAAAACCUGGUGCAGAUAUUGAGUGGGAAGGAGGUUUGGGAGAAGUGGAAUCCAUUUCUACUUUAUUUCCAAAUGAAACCGUGACAGUUGUCGCUCGGUACAAACUCAUACCCACCAAAUUUGCCAGAGGAAGACGCAUAACUUGUGUUGUGAGGCAUCCGGCUUUGGAAAAGGAGCUGAGAUAUCCUUACGUGUUGGACAUACUAUAUGCCCCUGAAGUUUCAAUAACUGGGUAUGAUGGAAACUGGUUCAUUGGAAGAGAGCGUGUUCAGCUCCGGUGUAAUGCUAACGCAAAUCCACCACCCACGGACUUUACAUGGACCAGGUUGGAUGGGCAAUGGCCUGAAGGUUUAAUGUCUUCAAAUAAUAUUCUGCAUUUCAACCGUCCAUUGACUUACAAUUAUGCUGGGACUUACGUCUGUAAGGUGACCAAUUCCCUUGGGCAAACAAGUGAUCACCAGACGAUCUACAUUUUAGAUCCUCCUACUGCUACUACACGACCACCCAUGCUUCCAGGGCAUCCUUCAACUGAUGGCAUCAGAGCUUUAGCAACAGAACCAGAACUAAUGCAUUUUCAAACAUCAACCUUGUCUUCCUUCAUUGCUGGCAAUCAGGGUACCAUCAUCGCUAGUGCAGUGGGUGGAGCUCUCCUUCUGAUACUUGUAAGUGUUUUGGUUGGAGUUAUCUGCUAUAGGAGAAGAUGGACAGUCUGUGGUUACUACUUUGCUAGGAACUACAUUCCACCAUCAGAUAUGCAAAAAGAGUCCCAAAUAGAUGUUCUCCAUUCAGAUGAUGUGGACUCUCAUCCUGACAGUAUAAAAAAAGAAAUAAAACAUCCAGUGAACAGUCCAACAUCAAAAGAUUUAGAAGAUCAUCUGGAAGAAAAUCCAGAAUGGGACAAUUUAGUCAAUACUAACAGAUCACAAGAAGGGUAUGAAAGACCAAUGGAAGACGGAACACUGGGAAGUAAGGACAUGGGUGGUGAAUGUUACAAUGAAGAUGACAAUCCAGAAUGGAACAAUUUAGUCAGUUUUAAGAGAUUCAAAGAACUGUAUGAAAGACCAUUGAAUUAUUAUGAAGGAGGAACACUGGGAAGGAAGGACAUGGGUAGUGAAUGUUAUGAUGACAAUGAAGAAGACAAUCCAGAAUUGGACAAUUUAGUCAAUAUUAAGAGAUCCCAAGAACAGUAUGAAAGACCAAUGGAUUAUUAUGAAGGAGGAACACUAGGAAGGGGGUACAUGGGUGGUGAAUGUUACGAUGACAAUGGAGAAGACUUUAUGUUACAUGUAGAUGGCUCAGUAAUAUCCCGGAGGGAGCGGUAUGUGUAGUAACCACUGAUACAGUUCCAUUCAUUAGUUGAUCACUUUCAGGUUGCUCAUAUUUUUACUUGAGGAAAAACAAGCUUUUUGAAGUUGAUUUUCAAGCUUUUGAUAUUAUAAAAAUUUGGGUUAAAUGUAUCUGAGCUGCUUUAUGAUUUUUCAAUGCUGUACUAUUGUCUUUGAAAAUAUUGGAAUUUUGAUGCAUAAUGCUUUAUUCGUCUACUGCACACGUAAGAACCAAGUGCUAAAUUAAAGUUACCAUACAACGUUAGAGUUAAAAAGCAGCUGUCUUGGCUUUGCGAUUUAAAAACAGUUUAUCUGAGACUAUGAUCAAGUAUAAUCUGUGUUAAGCACAUGCUUUAUUAUAUAUUUGUGUGUUUACACACACACUUACUUUAGACAAAAAAUGAGUGAAUUAGUCUCAAAACUGAAGUUAAUCUGAGGUAAAUUCAAUUCUUAAAAGUAUUUUUUACGAUAAAAAAGAACUUGGAUUUGCUUAAAUCUGUUUUUUUUCCAAAGGUAUAUUUUACUUUUCUACACACAAAUGAAUACCUCUUUGUUUUAAUGAGCCUUCCUGCAAUGCACAGUUGGUGGUAACUUUUUAAAAAGAAAACAUGUUGCAUUGAAAAAGUUAGAAUUCUCAAUGAAGGCGUUUUAGAGGCAUAACAAUGAAUAUAUGCAAGGUUUUGUCUUGUAGCUGAUUUUUGAGAACUAUUUGUUACACUACAGUUCAUUUCCAAUAAGUAUGAUUACAGUCCAUGUAUAGAAUUAGUCAGCUGUAAUCCUGCACUUCACACGAGAUCAAAACCGGAUUCUCGAAUUUAAGAGAAUUUUCAACUAGAAAUAAGAUGAUGCCAGGAAAGUUUUCACUGGGAUUGGGAAAUACAAGGUUAGGUCUCAUUUCAGAUACAAAUUCUAAGCGUAUGGGGGAAACAAAUGGAGUGAAUGUAGCUAAGAUAUAGAAGUUUAAGAUUUUAGCAGAAUACAGCAUAACCUAGUGUGCAGAACAUAAAAGGUAAAAGGGCACAUUUUUACGAUGCUCUGUGAUUACAUCACUGCUUUUAAGAGUUGAGCAUACUUGAAAAAAGCAUAUUUAUGAAAGGGGUUAACAUAAAAAAAGUGCUAUUUAAAAUAAAGCAAGUAGGGAAAUAACUAUUGCUAUUUGAUGCUGUUGAAAAAUAAUUUGUACCAGAAUCCCCGGGAUUCGCAGAACAGCAGUUGUAUGUAUUACUCAGUUGGGUUUGUUUGUAUUGCAUUGGUUUGCUUUGUUGCCUCUCCUUCAGUAGUAGGUUCACUGCUUCAUCUUUGCAAAUGAAUAGAACGGAAUCUGAAUGAAAUUAAUUCAGGUAAUCCAGUUUGAGGGCAGUUACAUUGUAAAAAUGAGAGGUGAGAAAUAGUUCUGUGGUGAAAUCCUAUUUUGAGCUCUCAACUUUACAUGCAUUCAUGAGUUAAACUCUUACUCAGCAAAACUUGCCUUAAUGUUGAAGUCCAGAAAUGAAAAAAACUUGUCUGGGGUUGGGGGGAAUAUUGCCACACAAAUAAAAAAUUAUCAAGCUUGGACCAGAAUUUUAAGGAGGCUGGAUGGCUACUUUUUUGAAUGUUUCCUUUAGUAGUAAAAGCACUGCAAAAUGACAGUAUUUAGAGCUUUGCAACAAAUACAGUAUCUGUAUUAGACU